UUGCAUGGUUACUAUAGCUCUUUUCGUGAACGUUCAUCACCGCGGUGCGUACGUUCAAUUUUUAAAUCCACAAACAUCCUUGUGGUUUUCAUCCCUAUUAGUGUAAAAAGCUAAUAACAAAACACAAACAUGCCACCAAAAUUCGAUCCCAACGAAGUUAAAUAUGUGUACAUGAGGUGUGUUGGUGGCGAAGUUGGUGCCACUUCCUCCUUGGCUCCUAAAAUUGGUCCAUUGGGUCUGUCUCCAAAGAAAGUUGGUGACGAUAUUGCCAAGGGUACCGCUGACUGGAAAGGUCUUAAGAUCACUGUCCAGCUGAAAAUCCAAAACAGACAAGCUACAAUUUCUGUCUGCCCAUCAGCUGCUUCAUUGAUCAUUAAAGCUUUGAAGGAACCUCCACGUGACAGGAAGAAGGUUAAGAACAUUAAACAUAGUGGCAAUAUCACCUUUGAUGAUAUCCUCAGCAUUGCAAGACAAAUGAGGCCACGUUCAAUGGCGAAACAGUUGUCCGGCACCGUGAAGGAAGUGCUUGGUACCGCGCAGUCAGUCGGUUGCACUGUUGAUGGUAAGAACCCACACGACGUGAUUGACGAGGUAAACAAUGGCAGUUUAGAAGUGCCCGAAGAAUAGACGUUUAAUUCUUUGAUAAAAUAUAAAAUUUAAAAAAAACAA